AUGACGGCCCCGCGCCCAUGGACACCUCCCCUCCUCCUCCGGAUCCGCUUCACAACCUCCCUCCCCGACCUCGACCUCGACAUCCCCUCCCCCUCCCAAACCACCGUAGCCGCCCUGAAGCACCUCAUCCGCUCCCGCCUCUCGCAGCCAGACUCCCAGCGCCGCCUGCGCUUCAUCCACCAAGGCAAAAUCCUCCCCGACGCAUCCGCCCUCAGCUCCGUCCUCCGGCCUCUACCCCCGCCGCCAUCCUCGACCUCCACCCCGACGACCCCCUCCUUCCCCGCAGGAACAGGAGCAGGAACAGAAGCAGACGACCCUAAGGGCAAGGGAAAAGCAAAGGCCCACGAUGCCGCGCCCCCGAGGGUCUACGUCAAUUGCAGCAUAGGCGACAGCCUAACCGACGCCGAGCUCGCCGCCGAGGCGGAAGCAGCCCUCCGCGCGCCGUCCGCGCAAACGACCUCCUCCUCAUCGCCAAACCACCCCCCGAACGGCGACGGACAGCAUGGCGCGGCACAGAACGGCCAGCAGCGGCCGACGCCGCGCGGCUUCGACCGUCUGCUCAACGCCGGCUUCUCCGCGGCCGAGGUGAACCAGCUCCGCCUGCAGUUCCGCGAGAUCCGCGCCGCGCAGUACACGCCCGACACGAUGCCCAGCCCGGACACGAUGCGCUCGCUCGAGGACGCGUGGAUCGACACCAACGCCGGCGGCGCGCUGCCCGGGGCCGCGGGGGCCGGCGGGGGCGAGGGCGGACAGGGAGGAGGUGGCGGGGGCGGGGAUGAUGUGUUCGGCGCCAUGGGCGGCGCGCUCGACAUGUUGUUUGAGGGGUUGGCUAUGGGCUUCUUCUGGCCGUUGGGGUGCGUCGGCUGGGUCUCGCGAGAGGAGGAAAUGCUGUCAGGGCGGUUACGUGACUAUAUCCAGCUCGGGGUCAUCCUGAGCGUCAUCAUUGGAGUUAUAAGGAUGUUCUCCGGUCACUGA